AUGAAGAAGGGAGGGUCUACAAUGAUAUUUGAACAAAUUGGCCGUCUUGUUGAUGCUGUGGAGACUAGAAGUAGAACAAUUGAAAUAACUAGUGUGAGUAGUUUGUUUUACAUUAGAAAUAAUGGUAGAUACGAUGAGGAGAUUGAGUUACAAUCAAUAUGUGUAACCACAUGUCUUAUUCAACAUUAUUAUACAACAUACAUUGAAAAGACUCCUUGUAUGAAUUCUUCUCAAACUGGUCAUAUGUGGUUGAUGGAAAUAUUACAAGGGAAUGAAAGUAAAUAUUAUAGGAUGUUUAGGAUGGAGAAAGAUGUCUUCAUUAAAUUAUGCAAUGAAUUGGAAACUAAUUAUGAAUUUAAGGGCUCAAAGAGAAUGUGUGCUCUUGAAAUAUUAGGCAUGUUUUUAUUCACGGUAGGUCAUGGUGCUAGAAAUCGGUUAACACAAGAGAAAUUUCAACACUCAGGCGAGACAGUUAGAAGAUAUUUCAACAAGGUUUUAGAUGUUUUAUGUCAUAUGAGUGUAGAUGUAUUAAAAACACCUGACCCUGAAUUUAAAGAUGCUCUUGAAGAGAUAUUGAAUGAUUCAAGAUAUAUGCCUCAUUUUAAGAAUUGUAUUGGUGUAAUAGACGGUGUGCAUGUGAAUGCCAUAAUUCCUCCUGAAGGUCAAGUACCGUUUAUUGGAAAAUAUUAUUUAAUGGAUGCAGGAUACCCACAAAUAAAAGGAUUUAUAGGAUCGUAUAAAGGUCAAAGAUACCAUCUUCCACAAUUUCAACGAGGUAGCAAACCUACUGGUUAUAAAGAGGUAUUCAACAAGGCACAUUCUUCUCUUCGAAGUGUUAUUGAACGAACUUUUGGAGUAUGGAAGAAAAGAUGGAAAACAUUAAGAGAUAUGCCCAGUUAUCCAUACACGAAGCAAGUGAAAAUAGUAAUUGCAUCAAUGACCUUGCAUAAUUACAUUCGAAGACAUGCUAAAUAUGAUCGUCAUUUUGAGAAAAUUAGAGAUAAUUCAAAAUACUGUGCAAAUGAUCAAAAAAACUAA